AUGUUCUUAAUUUCAGAUUCCCCAAGUACUCUUUAUCCUUGCCCAGAGGCUUGGAAAGCGCCCCUCGACACCGUUGAUCCUCGUGUUGGUAAUGAGUUUAGAGCCGGUGAGAUUGCCUACUCCGACAUGGCCUCGGGCGAGUGGACCAUCAUUAUCCAGGGCGAGGACCUCGAUAUCUCCUUCCAACGCAAGUUCCAACUUAAUCCAACAGCUCCAGAGAAGACUCUCGUAACGAACUACCUCGACGGAGAGACCACGGUCAUCAGCACCACCGUCGAGCGGUGGUCCUCGAGGGACGAGUCGACCGAGCACUUUCGAACGACGCAGGUCGCGUGGGCAUACUGCCAUUGCCCUGAGGGCGGCUCGGGCAGCGGCGGGCAGAGGCCGCGGCCGGAUGAGAGGCCGAACGUGCCGGGGCCGAAGCCGGGCGAUAAUUGUGGUGGGGAGUGUAGGCCUUGGUGGAAUGAGGGUGGUUGGAGAUGGAGGGAUGGGAAUAAUGGUGGAGGAAAUCGUGGUGGUGGUGGGAGCGGUGGUGGAAAUAAUGGGGGAGGAGGUAACAGGGGGGGAAACAACGGAGGAGGGAACAGAGGCGGUGGUAACGGAGGGGGUAAUGGUGGAGGCAAUGGGGGCGGGAAUAACGGCGGUGGAAACCGUGGAGGCGGAGGUGGAGGAGGAGGUAACAAGGGAGGGAAUGAUGGAGGCGGGAGGAGAGGAGGUGGUAAUAGGGGUGGUGGCGGAGGAGGAAAUGGUCGUGGGCGAGGAGGCGGCGGAGGAGGUGGAGGAGGAGGCGGAGGCGGCCCUGGCAGAGACCGCGGUCGUGGAAGAGGGCCCCAGGAAACUGAAAGCGCUGGUAAUGUUCUACAUAAAGGAAAACGAGAGCAAAAGAAGAAGAGGCAUAAACUAACAGAGACCCUAGCCGUCCCCGAAGUGGCCGAGAGAGCUGUCGCUGCUGCCGCUGCUCUCACUAGCACCGUCUAUGACCGCAAGACUGUCACUUCUACUCACAUUGUCACAAGAUCUCCGAAGACCGUGACGGAGACAGCCUACUCAACUUCCACGCAGCGCAUCGAAGUUCCCCCCGAGAUUGUCUGCGACAAUACGGGGGUCCUAACCCUUACAACCGUCAUAAAGGGAAAGGGCGUUACAGAACUUCGAGCGACUUACAUUACUCAUUGGGCUACGCCCGUUGUCACAAUCUCAGAAACCGAAUUCGUCACGUCUACGGAUAAGGCUCAGGAGACGCAGUGCUGGCAGGCGGGUGGAUGGUAUGGAGCUUGA